UUUUGUGUUGAUAUUGUCGAAGUAUCCGUGAUGGAGGGAGAUCCAGUCACUCUAAACACUGAUGUUGAAACAAACCAACAAGAAGAUAUUAAAUGGUAUUUUAAUGACAUUCGAAUAGCUGAAAUCAGUGGAGAUCUUAGUGAUAUAUGUACAGAUGUUCAGUGUAAUGAAGGUACUGAGAGAUUCAGAGAUAGACUGAAGCUGGAUCAUCAGACUGGAUCUCUGACCAUCAUGAACACCAGAACCACAGACUCUGGACAUUAUGAACUAAAGAUCAUCAGCAGCUUCAGCAUCAGUGAAAAGACCUUCAAUGUUACUGUUUAUGGUGUUUUUGCUUCUGAACAAGAUGAAAAGUCAGUGAAGGAGGGAGAAUCUGUCACUUUAGAUCCUGGUCUAGAAAGACAACCAAAUGAGGUGAUGAGAUGGUAUUAUAAAGAUAUUCUCAUUGCUGAAAUCACUGGAUAUAUGAGUAAGAUCUGUACAGAUGAUCAGUGCAAAGAGAGAUUCAGAGACAGACUGAAGCUGGAUCAUCAGACUGGAUCUCUGAUCAUCACAAACACCAGAACCACAGACUCUGGAGUUUAUACACUACAGAUCAGCAGAAGCCUUCAUCGCAGCAACAGUGCUUUCAGUGUGAAGAGCUUUGGUGUUAACAUUGCUGUUAGUGAGUAUAAUGUAGUUCCUUUGUGCAAUCUGAAAACACACACACGUCCAUUGAUGCCCAAACUUCAGCUUCCUCGCAGGCAGCAUGACAUUUUCUCCUAG